UUACUAGCUGGGCUACUAUUGGAUGUUAACUGUUCAGUCUGAAAUGUGCAGCUGUUGCACAUAAUAUCUUUAGAGUUGCAACUUGGAGACUCCUGUGAUGUGAGAGAGAUGUUUCGCCCACAUUUUCUGUUCCCUUAUUAACGGUCUCCAGUCCAGAUUUCGGGAAUGCAGAUGCUGCUCUUUCGUGUGUUCGUUUCCGCAGUCAUUAUUUCCGUUUCCACUCUGUGGAAAGUUAUGCCGAUUUGCGAAGAGUCUCAUAGCAGAUAGUGGGACGCAUCACUACUGUGAACUUUAUUCGGGAACAGAAGAGUUUCGUCAGCGUGAUGGGGGACAUCGAGGCGUCGGAUAGUAACCGGUCACGACAGACCGUAAUUCAUUCUCUUCUCCCCAGUAAAGAAUUCAUCUCCUCCCGAAAAGGACUACUGCUGCUCGGUGAAGUGGUGCUGUCGUUCAUCAUCUUUGUUUGCUUUGCUGCUUCAACAGCAGCGGCCUUCGUCACCGCUCCCUUCAUUGAGUUCUUGGCGGCCCUCUUCCUGCUGUUUGCUUAUUCUACAAAGUUCAAUGAGAGAUUUAAGGGCUUUCACUGGCCCCUCAUGGACUUUCUGCGCUGUGUCAGUGCCUCCAUUAUCUUUUUCAUCAUCUCUAUAAUGUCUGUGUCCAAAUAUCCGGAUGGAGCCUCAAAGGCUGCUGGGGUCUUCGGCUUUGUUGCCACAAUAAUCUUCGCCCUGGACUUUUAUUUCAUCUUUAAUGAACUGGCCAAUUUCCUCAAGGAAGGUGACUCCAGUGAGGAACCACCAAACACACGAGAUGAUGACUCAGACUCUGACUCUGACUAAAGCUGUGUUUGUGUGCAAAAUCCUGGCGUUUGUGACCACUACAGUGCCUGACAAUAACCAAAACAUCUCUUAUCUCUUUGAUAUAACUUUUUUAUUGUUUUAUUGUUCUGAAAUUCUUUACAUUUUUUUUUUUUACUUUUUGUGACUAGAUUGAAACAACGUAUUUCAAAUGUUACAUCACAGAAUAGAAUCUUUAUCUCUGGUUUCACAGACAAGGCUGAAGCCUAGUCCCAAACUAAAAUGCAUGUUUGAGCGGUUUUAACUGAAAGCAAUUUGCAAUGACAUAUAUUGAAAUAUGUCAGUGUCAUUUGUUUGUCUUAAUAUGCAUGUUUUUUUUUUCCUAAGGCACGUUUAUAAAAGCUACUUAAAUAUUCUAAUUGGACUAAUGCGUGAUUUUGGCUUAAUCUAAUCCUUGUAUGUGAAACCGGUGCUUUAGAGUUUUGUAUAGUCUUUGUACAGUACUGUAUACAUCUAUACAAUCGAAGUCCCUCUCAUUUGAUUUCCCAAAAACUGUGAAUUAUUUCAGUGAAAUAGUUUCACAUCAAUCAAGCUUAUUGACUUUUUGGAAGAAAGGGCAGUAUUGUACCAUUUAUCAUGUUUAUAUACUGCCUCCAACAGCUUUCAGUUUUUACAGUAUGUACGAGCCUUUUUUUAUUUCUUUAUUUGGGAGCUGUGUGUGUUUACUAAUUUUAACUAUUUUGGGAGAAUAUUUUCUCAAAAUAUGUUGUUUUAAAUUGUAUUGUUUUUUUUAAACAAUUAUCCAUGACAUGGUGAUGAAGCCCUGGAUUUGGAAUAAUAAUGAUUUUUAGCAAUAUAAUAAGUUUACAUCAUACAUGAAAUUGGCAGGUGGUUGGCUGGCCACAGUCACCUGUCUCAUUUCCACACGUCUACACAUUGGUAUUAGUCCUGCCAAAGCACUGCAAAAAAGGCAAGAUUUGUCUCCUCGUGCUCACUUAGCAAUGUACUUUUCUUACAGUGGCACUGCUCGGCUAUUGAAACUGUAUUAUAAACGUGAGCUGCUUCUGCAGUGUAUGGGAGUGUCUCCUGGUUUACUAUAGUAUUUUAAAGCAUGUUGCAUGCAUCCACAUUCCACCUUCUAGUGUUUCUGUGAAGAGUGGAUGCUUUAAUAACAUGCACUGUCAGAUUAUCACACCAAUAAAUAUUUUUUGUGCAA